AUGGGGAUAGACAGACAGACAGAUGCUGUCCAUCCUCGUCACCUCAGCAUCCGCAGAUCCUCGUCACCUCAGCAUCCGCAGAUCCUCGUCACCUCAGCAUCCGCAGAUCCUCGUCACCUCAGCAUCCGCAGAUCCUCGUCACCUCAGCAUCCGCAGAUCCUCGUCACCUCAGCAUCCGCAGAUCCUCGUCACCUCAGCAUCCGCAGAUCCUCGUCACCUCAGCAUCCGCAGAUCCUCGUCACCUCAGCAUCCGCAGAUCCUCGUCACCUCAGCAUCCGCAGAUCCUCGUCACCUCAGCAUCCGCAGAUCCUCGUCACCUCAGCAUCCGCAGAUCCUCGUCACCUCAGCAUCCGCAGAUCCUCGUCACCUCAGCAUCCGCAGAUCCUCGUCACCUCAGCAUCCGCAGAUCCUCGUCACCUCAGCAUCCGCAGAUCCUCGUCACCUCAGCAUCCGCAGAUCCUCGUCACCUCAGCAUCCGCAGAUCCUCGUCACCUCAGCAUCCGCAGAUCCUCGUCACCUCAGCAUCCGCAGAUCCUCGUCACCUCAGCAUCCGCAGAUCCUCGUCACCUCAGCAUCCGCAGAUCCUCGUCACCUCAGCAUCCGCAGAUCCUCGUCACCUCAGCAUCCGCAGAUCCUCGUCACCUCAGCAUCCGCAGAUCCUCGUCACCUCAGCAUCCGCAGAUCCUCGUCACCUCAGCAUCCGCAGAUCCUCGUCACCUCAGCAUCCGCAGAUCCUCGUCACCUCAGCAUCCGCAGAUCCUCGUCACCUCAGCAUCCGCAGAUCCUCGUCACCUCAGCAUCCGCAGAUCCUCGUCACCUCAGCAUCCGCAGAUCCUUGUCACCUGA